AUGGCGUCUAUAGCUUCUUCAACAACUCUCAUCUCCUCCUCCACUCGAGUUUCUCCUGUCAAGUCGUCGCUUCCAUCUCCCUCCCUCUCUUUCCUUAGAAACACAUCCUCCCCUCUCCGCUCUGGUUUUGCUCUCCGCUCAAACUCUCGCCGGAGCUUCGCUGUCAAGGCUCAGGCCGAUGAUGAUCUUCCUUUGGUUGGAAACAAGGCGCCUGAUUUUGAGGCUGAGGCUGUCUUUGAUCAGGAGUUCAUCAAGGUUAAGCUCUCUGAGUACAUUGGGAAGAAGUAUGUGAUUCUCUUUUUCUACCCUUUGGACUUCACUUUCGUCUGCCCAACAGAGAUUACUGCCUUCAGUGACCGGUAUGCAGAGUUUGAGAAGUUGAACACAGAAGUGUUAGGUGUCUCUGUUGAUAGUGUUUUCUCCCACCUUGCGUGGGUCCAAACAGACAGACAAUCUGGAGGGCUCGGUGAUCUCAACUAUCCCCUUGUUUCAGAUGUAACUAAAUCAAUCUCAAAGUCUUUUGGAGUGCUUAUCCAUGAUCAGGGAAUAGCACUGAGAGGACUUUUCAUAAUCGACAAGGAAGGAGUGAUCCAACAUUCAACCAUCAACAAUCUUGGUAUUGGCCGAAGCGUCGAUGAGACAAUGAGAACCCUCCAGGCCUUACAGUACAUCCAGGAAAACCCUGAUGAAGUCUGCCCUGCAGGAUGGCAACCGGGUGAGAAGUCAAUGAAACCUGACCCAAAGCUCAGCAAAGAGUACUUCUCAGCUAUUUAAAAUAACUUAAAGUACAAAACACUUUGUUAUAAGUGACAGUGAGCACAGAGUUUGUUAUUAUUCUUUUCUCUUACACUAAACAAUCUUUCUGCAAAAUGUAUCAAACCAAUUUCUUCACAAGUCCCUUUUAUAUGAAUAUAUAUCAUUUACAUUUUUCAUUAUCAAUACUGAGAAUCAAGAACAUAUCAGAUCAAAUAGAAUAUUAAUAUUUUCACAGUUCCUAAGUGAUGAGUGUAAACAGUUCCUAGCAAUAUAAUUUUUCAGCAUCCAAAGAAAAUAUACUGUAUAAAUAUGUUCUGUAAACUUUCACUUGGAGUUUAAAAACCAUAUAAACAAAUCAAACAAGAAAUGUAUCUUCAAAUCCAAUACCACCACAUAAUCUUUUCCAACAUAAUCCAUAUAGAUUACGAAUAUUAAAAAAAAAAACAUGAAAACAAGUCAUAAAACUAAAAGUUCACCUAACGAAACUCAAAGUUACACUGCACAGUCUGAAACUUAAACCCGCCAGUCAAAUUAGAGGCACCCAAAGGAACCUUAAGAUCAUCACACCCAAUCUUCGGUUUGACUUUCCACGACUUAACAACCCAAAACUUAAACCGAACACUCAUAACCAACUUCACAUCAACCCGGUACACUCCGGUUCCCUCAUCCUCCUUCAGAUCCUCCCUCGCUCCCUCCCCAAGCACCACCAGAUUCUGCCCCUCCAUCUUCGUAACAACCACCGUCGUGUUCUUCCUCCCCUGAUAAAACGGCGCCACGUCGACAGAUCCGAACCUCUCCCCUCCGUAGUACCCACUCACCUUGACGACGUCGUAGUAGACUCCUAACCGCUGGUUAGGGUUCCGGAUCGUGAAAUUGAGGUCGAGGUCGUAGUGGAGGUUGCUGUUGUUGGUUGAGUCGAGGCUGAAUCGGUUUAGGUUUGCGUCGGCGACGUAGAAUUUGACGGCGUUGGGGCGGAAGAUUAGCCAGAGGAUCAAGGCGGUUACGGCGAGGAUCACGGCGACGGCGAUGAGGAUGUUCCAGAUUAGGCUUAGGAUGCAGCAGCCGCAGCAUUUUAGGCAGCUUCCGAUGCAGCUUCCGAUGCAGGUGAAGCAGCAGCAGCCCGGGGGGGAGGAGGAGUUGUAUCGGCGUUUGGAUUUUGACGGCGGCGGGGGAGGGAUCGAUGGGCCGUAGUAUCCGCCGUUAAGGUGUGGUUGUUUGUCUCCCAUGUGUUCGAUGAAAUGCGUCAGAGAGAAACAAAUCUUUAGAGAAGAAGAGGAGGAGGAAAAUAUCUACG